AUGGAAGCCGUCAAGCGUUUCUUCACCUCUCCCCGGUUCGCUGUGGCCGGAGCCAGCAACGACGCCAACAAGUUUGGCUACAAGCUGCUUGCCUGGUAUCACCAGCAUUCGCUCCCCGUCACUCCCCUCAACCCCCGAUCUCCCCAGAUCAACCUUCCCUCGAAGGACUACGCUACGGUCGCCUCACCGUCCGCCUUGCCAUCACCCACGCAGACGUCGCUGUCGGUCGUGACGCCCCCCGCGGUGACUCUGUCGGUGCUGCAGGAAGCGCAUUCGGUUGGAAUCCCCGCCGUCUGGUUGCAGCCGGGAACAUUUGAUGAUGCGGUGCUGCAGUUUGCAAGGAAGCACUUUGAGGCCGUGAUUGCUGGAGAGGGAGGCCGAGGAGGGGAAGGAUGGUGUGUUUUGGUGGAUGGAGAAGCUGGAUUGGAUGCUGCUGGAGUGCAAUGGGGUGCUCAAAAGCUGUAA